GCUUUUCUCUCGAUUUGCCCUCAUCUCUGUGCAGUGAGCUAUCCAGCUCCACAAUGGAUGAACAGGUUAGUACUCCCACACUCAAGCCUAUCUGAUUGGGCUGCAUUGUGAAUCUCCCCGGUCCCAGCAGCGCUCCCCUCUCUGUGCAGUGAAAGAGAGAGUGUGGCACACGGUUUGUGUGAGAAACCAGCACAGACAUGGUCCUGCUCAAAGUGAAAUUCACCUUUCAAAAACGCGUACACUUGGCACAAACUCUAUGGAUGCUCUGCUGGUUUUCGGUCCUGACUGGAAUCUUGACUUUCGCUUUGGGAAUCUACCUCAAAUGUGAGCUGAAGAGACGGAAUGAGGUGAUGGACAAUACUGACAUCCACCUUGUCCCCAACACCCUGAUUGCUGUGGGCCUCCUGUCGAUGCUCCUUAACUUCAUCGGGGUGAGGAUCUGCAGUGACUCGCUGCACCUGGCCAAGUUUCCUCGGUGGAAGGGUUACAUAGAGCCCUACCUCGUCUUCUCUUUCCUCUUCACCUUCCUCAUGCUGUUUGCUUCGCUGCUGAGCUACUUCAUGAGAGGGAACCUGGACACAUCGCUGAAGAUUGGCCUGAGAAACGGAAUCCGUUUCUACAAGGACACAGACACCCCAGGAAGGUGCUAUCAGAAGAGGACCAUAGACCACAUCCAGACGGAAUUCCAGUGCUGUGGGAACAACAACUACAAGGACUGGUUUGAGGUGCAGUGGAUCAGUAACCGAUUCCUAGACUUUAACAACAAGGACAUAAGGGAUCACAUUAAGAGCAACGUGGAUGGCAGGUACCUGAUCGAUGGCGUUCCCUUCAGCUGCUGUAACCCAAACUCUCCCCGGCCCUGUAUUCAGCGUCAGAUCACCAACAACUCCGCACAUUUCAACUACGAGUUUCAGACGGAGGAACUGAACUUGUGGAUGACAGGUUGUCGAGAGGCUCUGCUCAGUUACUACACAGGGAUGAUGGCGACCAUUGGGACCAGCGUGCUACUCUGCUAUGUCACACAGCUCGGUGUGUUGACUGGACUGCGUUACCUCAGUAUUGCAACAGAGGCUGUUGUUGGCCAGGAGAACCCUGAGUGUGACUCUGAGGGCUACUUGCUGGAUAAAGGGCCGAUGGAGAUUAUGCGUACUGCUACCAAAGCACUGAAGGACAAGUUCUGCUUUAACCAAGUGCAGACAGAACCAGCAGCAACAGAGAGCAACAAAACUGAAAAAUAGACAUUUCCUAACCCGGAGAGCUACACGCUGGGUAAUGGCCCUUACCCAGGCAACUACUGGCCACAACAGACCUUUAACACUCAAUAUCCUUCUGUUUGAAUCUCAUGCAGUACUGCACUUGUUCUCAGCAUCACCCUGCUUUCUGCUUGGGCACAGGAGAGGGGUUGCACUGAGUGACCUUUAACCCUAGCAGCUCUCUCCUCAGUCUCGAUCGCACUGCUUCAGGCCAAUGCAUAAGGUCCCUCACUUGGUAGAAAUCCUUACCUAGGCUUUAGCAGCUAGCGCCAGGCCUUUCACCAGGUUCAGUUAACAGCACUGUGAUCAGGGACCUGGAUGGCUCCCUCAUUCUGGUUCACCCGUUCCAGGAGCGUAUCUACGCAGGACAUCACAAAAAAACCCUACCAUUGCCCAACUCUGACAUCUUUGUAAAUAGUAAACAGAAUUGCUCAAAGAUGUUGAAGAAAACUCAUAAUGUUUUUGUUAAACCCUUCCCCUCCACCACCCCACACGCACGACCUUUCUCCUGGAUUUCAUUCUCAAUUUUCUCAGUGUCUAAUACCAUCCUCCAGCUGAUGGGAAUCCCUGGAUAUACCGACAGCAAGGACCUGAAGCCUUUCCAAUAAUCAAAGCGCCUGCCUGGCUGACCAAAUGGUAUGACUGAAAUGGCUGCCCUCAACCUGAGGAAGAGGUUGAAAGGAUAAAGAUGGGAUGUUCCCGAGAUUGGGACACUGUGAAAUGUAUACUGUAGUAGUGCUGUGACUGCUGUGCUGUCAAAUGAUAAGAUGUAGCCAUAAAGUGAAUAAGACAAUUCUGAAAUAAAAGUCUGAAAGCAGGA